CGUUACUUAGCAUUAGUCGCAUCCGGGUGAGCACUUUGUGGUGGUCCACUCAGGUUUUUACUUUGGAUCUCGGCUGCCGGUCUUCAGGAUGUACGGAUCCUUUCGGGUGCUGUUGCAGGUGCUGUGGGCCCAGCUUCUCUGUGGUUGGGUGCUGGGCUCCGAGCUAACUUUCGAGCUGCCCGACAACGCGAAGCAGUGUUUCUACGAGGAUAUCAUCAUCGGCACCAAGUGUACCCUGGAGUUUCAGGUGGUGACCGGUGGCCAUUACGAUGUGGACUGCCGUUUGGAGGACCCAGAUGGAACUACACUCUACAAGGAGAUGAAGAAGCAAUAUGACAGCUUUACAUUCACAGCAGCCAAGAAUGGCACCUACAAGUUCUGCUUCAGUAAUGAGUUCUCCACCUUCACACACAAGACAGUUUACUUUGACUUCCAGGUCGGCGAUGACCCUCCACUCUUCCCCAACGAGAACAGAGUCACUGCUCUCACCCAGAUGGAAUCAGCCUGCGUGUCCAUCCAUGAGGCCCUGAAGUCGGUCAUCGACUACCAGACACACUUUCGCCUCCGAGAGGCCCAGGGACGUAGUCGGGCGGAGGACCUCAACACCCGCGUUGCGUUCUGGUCCAUUGGAGAAGCUAUUAUCCUUCUGGUGGUCAGCAUCAGCCAGGUGGUCCUGCUGAGAAGCUUCUUCUCUGACAAGAAGACUACUACAACGCGCGUCGGAUCAUAACGGUCUCUGAGCACUGGGAUCUGAUUAUCACUUUCUUUACCCGUAACUGGGCUUGUGUGCAUAGAAUGGGUUAGAAUAUCAGUGCUAAUCUGAAAUUGGAUCAUAUCAAACUGCCAGGUCAUACAAUCUGACAUGCCAUCCUCACUCAGCACUGGUAUUCUCGCUAACUUUACGCAAAUGAGUCUUGAACAAAAGGUUAUGUGUUGAAAAUGUUUUGAGGGGUAAAGGAGAACCUGAAGAAAGGCUUGCUUGUGUUGCUUCUAACUAUCUGUAUUGGUAGGCAGUUCAAGCAGCUGGUUAUAUUGUUAAAGCAACCCUUAAAUACUUUAAAUAUUUGAAAUAAUUUCUAAAUGCGUUCUUAUUUUAAUGCAUCCUUUUCCACAUCCAUAAUCUCAUACCCUCGCUCUCUAAUCUGUUUGAAUUUUCAGCCCAAACUGUGCACUGAAAUAACCAAGGGAGCGAAAGUUGUGGCUAAAUGUACUGGUAACACUGAGGGUUGAGGAUUCCACAAUGGCAAGGCAAAGGGUUUUUCCCCCAUAAAUGUUGCAUUUGGUUAUGAAAAAUCUGUUGCAUUUUUUCCCCUUUUGUUAUUAAACCUCACUGUAUUAAGUGAGAAAGACUAGGUUUUGUGUUUGAUUUUUAUCAGCGUUGUCAUUUUAGAUGACAUAUUAGAGAGGGAGGAAGCUGUACAGAGAGUAAGCCCUGCUCUAAUCUCAUAGUAGCUUGAAACAGUUUGUAUUUGGGUUGAAGGAUUUUAUUUAGAGAUGCAGAUGAGUGACAGCAGCCAAUUUCUUAAAUACAUUUAAGUCAGUUUUUGCAUUUUUUUAAUGCCAUUUGCUCGAUGUAUACAUUGUGAUAAAAUUAUGCUUCAGAUUGACUACACCUUUGGUGAAUUAUGUCCUAAAACUGUUAAAAUUACAUGUUGGGGCUUCUGUAUUACAUCUGUUUGACUCAAUGUGGGAGAGAAGAAACAACUUAUAUUAUUCUUGUUUAAAAAAAAUAUACAUUUUGUGUUUUUCAAUGCCAGCAGUUUUAGGUGCACCAGCUUGUCAUAAAACUUUGUCUUUCACUUUUUCCCAUCUAAUGUUAUAUCUAAGUCUGCCUUUGCUGUCUGACCAACUUGUUUAUCUUGUAGGCUGGAUAUUGUCAUCUUAGUUUUAUACAGCACUGUUGUAGUUGUUAUUUGGAAUUUUACUCAAUUUUCUAAAGUAAGGAAGCAGGAAGGAAGAUUUUGACAGCUUUAAUCUUAUGUCUCUUAUCUAAUAUGGCUGGUUCCGACUUUUUUCCAUCAUCUUAACUCAAUUAGUAAAACUGAAACAAAAAUUAGAAACAUGCGAGUUUCUUUAAGAUUUUCAUUAAACUUUUGAGCCUCCAGGAAGUGUUACAUGUAGUAGUUGCAGGCUUAGUUCAACGUGGUAGUGUUGCGUCAGCCAGGAAUCGCAUGAAAGUUAGUGGGUCAUUGUUUCUCUUCACUAUUCACUGUGUUACUGACUGACAUAAACAAAGACACAAUCAUGGCUGAAACAUGAAACACCAGAGUAUGUCACUUUGAAGUUUUCACAGCACGCAACAUCAAUGAAUGUAACUGACAUUCAGUCACCAGCUAACAAAGCGAGAAGACAUUAUUGUUGUCAUGUGAGAAUUGUCACAAAAUAUAACUUUAAUAUGUAUGACAAAGACAGACUUUUACACCUAACCCACUGAAAGAGACCAAACAGUCAGUGUUUUGUUUUUUACUUUAUAGUUUGCUCUUGUUCAACUGUUAGAACUAAGUUCUAGAGACAUGGAAGACAAGUAAAAGAUAUACUACCAUAUUAUUCCCAUUUGCUAGUUCUGUCUUGGCUUUAGCUCCUUUGUAAUAGUUGUCCCUUCUUCUCACCCUGUGUUCAUUGUCAGUUUUGGUAGGUGGUGCACUUUUAGGUUUGUGCACCGACAGGUCAUUUUUGGACACAAAUUCACCUCUGAUGCAUUCUGGGAACUUGUUAAGUUAUUGGAAUGGCUGAAUAAACUUUCUGUUAAAAUGUC